AUGCCCAGACCCAGGCCCAAGCCCAAGCCAAAGGCCAAGCCCAUGUCUGACACCACCUCCCAGCCUGCAUUUGAUGCUGCACCCAAUCUCACUGAACUCACUCCUGCACCUGUAGCCAAGCCCAUGUCCAACCCCAUAUCUGACACUGCUCCCAAGUCUGCAAAUGCUCACCUGCUCAAGGCUGCUGAGCCCACACUCAAGCCCAUUGAGCCCACACCUUCAUCCAUUCCCACACCUGAGCACAGGUAUUCUGUGUGCAACACCACUCCUGAACCUGUGUUUGAGUCCAUACCUUCCGCAACAAAGCCCAUGUCCAAGGCUACACCCACCCUGCCUGCCAAGUCCCCUCGCUCUGACUCUCCCUCUAUCAAUUCCAUGGUCUCUCAGCACAGCAACAAGACCAAUUCCACAUCAGCCAAGAGAUUGACUAAGGCCACCAACCCAAAGACAGGAAAGUGA